AUGACAAGUAUGAGGAUGCAUGAAAUGUUGUCUCCACCUAAGCUGAAAAAAGGGAACGCAAAUCCAGGCGGAGCGUGUUCUGUGAAAGUUUUUGUUAGAAAGAUUGACAGCAAGAUUAUUUACGCUGAGUGCAAUGAAGACUUCAUUGACUCUCUUCUCACCUUUCUCGUCCACCCUCUUGAGAUGGCUUGCUCAUUGUCUAAUGACAAUACCAUUUUUGGAUGUGUUGGAAACUUGUGUAGAAGUCAGUGUAGAGGAGCAGCUUCCACAAGUUGUAACCUUCCUGAUUUUUAUAUUUGUAGCACCAACAAUCUGCUUGAUUAUGCUCACUAUUAUUCACUGACAUAUGAAUGUUGGAUUCCUCACAAAGAAUACUUGAGUCGCAAAGUCGCUAGGUACAUUGAUAGGUCUCUCUCCAAAAGUGGCAACAUUGUGAGUAUGUAUCCAAAAGUGAAUCCUGGAAGUUCAUUAAGUUGUGGGAGUGGGUUUAUGAAGAGAAAAACGAAGUUCGUCGUGUCUGAUGAUCUUACUAUAACUCCUACGAAUUCAUCUUCAACCAUUGGCUUGUUAAGGAAGAUGAAGGUAAACAUCAAUGAUCUCGAGGAGUUUCAGAUCAGCAUUUCCAAAGCAGAGGUAUGCUUUUACUAUUAA